ACACUCACACACACACACACACACAUAUGGGCUUGGCACUCCGCGAGUUUCUGUUACACCCGGGGUCGUGCUAGUAGGCGGCACUAAUGGUAGCCACGGCAGGUGUAGGUUUUUCGUAGGUGACUGUGUCAACAGAUGUGUCUGUGUCAUAGCAGAAGCACUGCGGCUGGGGGAUCCGAGGCUUGCAUACGCAGUGGUCGACUGGGAAGCAAGAACAUGGAGGACAUCAUUUCACCCUUCACGCAGACACAAGGGCUAAUAACAGCUAGCUAGCUGACUGACACUAAGACUCCGCCAUGGCUAACAGUACUACCAAGACUCCAGCCUCAGAUCCAGCCCCAGCCCUAUCCUCAGCAACAGCCCCAGACCUCUCCCCAGCCUCAUCUCCCACCCUUCCCCCAGCUGUCUCCCCAGCCCCAAUUAUUGCCCUCACGCUAGGGCUUUCCCCAGCCUUUUCCCCCGCCUCAACUCCAACACGUGCCGCAACCCUCUCCCCAGCCUCAGCCCCCAACUCAGUCGUCUACUGCAAGCUGUGCCUUAGUGAGAAACCCUCGGUGGCGACCAGUAAACUGCACACCUGCGACUGUGUCUUCUGUACUCUGUGUCUGCAGCAGUAUGUCCGGCUGGCCAUCCGGGAUGGCGGGGGCGCUCCCAUCACCUGUCCUGACAUGGCCUGUCAGAAGAUUGGAGCACUGCUGGACUCUGAGAUCGCUUGUUUCGUCUCUGCAGAACAAGUGGAGCUGUACCAGCGGCUGAGGUUUGAGCGAGGGGUGCAGCUGGACCCCAGUAAGGUGUGGUGCCCGGUGCUGGAGUGCCAGGCUGUGUGCUCUGUGGGGCCCUCUACGGAGGGCAGGCCCACAUCGGUGCCCUGCCAGGACUGCCACGCCGUCUUCUGCUCCGGGUGCCGAGGAGCCUGGGACAGCGGGCACUCCUGCCCGGAGCGGCCGCCCAUGACGUCCCCCUCCUCUGGCGGAAGGGCCCAGUCUUGCAGCGAGGCAGACCCCCCCAUCAAGCAGUGUCCGAUGUGCGGGGUCUACAUAGAGAGGAACCAGGGCUGCGCCCAGAUGCUGUGUAAAAGCUGCAAACACACCUUCUGUUGGUACUGUCUCCAGAGCCUAGAUGGGGACAUAUUCUUGAGACACUAUGACAAGGGCCCCUGCAGAAAUAAGCUGGGACACUCAAGAGCCUCGGUAAUGUGGAACCGGACACAGGUGGUGGGGAUCCUGGUUGGGGUGAGUGUGGUGGUGCUGGUGACCUCCCCCCUCCUGCUGCUGGCCUCCCCCUGCAUCCUGUGCUGCGUGUGUAAGCCCUGUGCCGGCUCCAAGAUGAGGAAGAGGAAGAAGAGGAAGGAGCCCAGCCAGACAGAGCCUAGUCAGAUGGACCCCGACGCAUAACAGAGCUCUCACACACACACACACACACACACACACACACACACAGAGUGAUAGGCAUACACACACACACUCAAAUAGAUGGGAAAAUGGGUAUGUAGACACACACUAGCAGGGAGGUAGGAAUACACACACACACACAGUACAAUCCCACGUUCAUAUCCUCACAUUCAUACACUCUUGUACAGUACUGCAGAGCACAGUGCUGUUUUCAUGUGCCAAGCCUCAUGAUGCCAAACCAGUCUUGUUAGGUGCACAAGUGCCUCAUACUACAGUGCCUGGUAUUUGGUGGUAUUUGUUUUGCCUUCCAUUCUAUUAUGCAAACCUAGGCGUUGUUUAUUAAAUAAACAACUGUAACACAGUAGGAGAAUCCUAUUAACCAAUGCAAACUAUAAUUUCGUAAUGUGCAAAGGGAUGGGUGUUAUGGUGCACUCUGUAGGGUACUGAGGGACAUCAUAUAGGGCUUCAACUGUGCACAUGGAGAGGGUUUUCUGCUGUGAAUGUUUAUUGUCUCCACCUGGAGUGUCCAGACAGUACGGAUGGGUCAUGUGUGCUACUCUGAUGUAUGUCAAUGUAUAUUUAUGGGUGUGUGUAUGGUGUCCCGUGCUGUUUCUACUCUUUGGUUGAUGUUUGUGCAUCAGAUAUUUUGUAAAAGCUCCAUUGUAAUUGAAAUAAACAUCCGAUGUUGAACAUG